GAAAGGCGGAAGUAAAGGCCGGAGGAGAAGGAAAAGAAGAGGAUCUCCCGGCGGGAGGCAGACAGCUGUGUGACCGUAAGGCUAUCCUCCUGUGAGCCACCAAACCUGUUCCAUCACCUCCUGUGCCUUCAACGCCGCUACUGUCUUCUGCUGUCGCAGUUCUCCGAUAUCGCAGGGAAAUGGCCGGUCGAGGCGGAAAUGCUCGACCAAACGGGCCGGCUGCCGGCAACAAAAUCUGCCAGUUCAAAUUGGUCUUACUAGGGGAGUCAGCGGUGGGGAAAUCUAGUCUCGUCUUGCGUUUUGUCAAGGGUCAGUUCCACGAGUACCAAGAGAGCACAAUUGGAGCUGCAUUCCUAACACAGACCGUAUGUUUGGACGAUACAACAGUGAAGUUUGAGAUCUGGGAUACCGCUGGGCAGGAGAGGUACCACAGUCUGGCCCCCAUGUACUACAGAGGAGCGCAAGCAGCUAUUGUAGUAUACGACAUUACCAAUACAGAAACCUUUGCAAGAGCGAAAAACUGGGUGAAAGAACUUCAGAGGCAGGCUAGCCCAAACAUUGUAAUUGCCUUGUCUGGGAACAAGGCUGACCUCUCCAACAAAAGAGCUGUAGAUUUCCAGGAAGCUCAAGCCUAUGCAGAUGACAACAGCUUGCUCUUCAUGGAGACCUCUGCUAAAACCGCUAUGAAUGUGAAUGAAAUAUUUAUGGCCAUAGCUAAGAAGCUGCCGAAGAAUGAGCCCCAAAGUACACAAGGAGCCCCUGGAAGGAACAGGGGGGUGGACCUCCAGGAAAACACCCCUCCGGCUCGGAGCCAGUGCUGCAGUAACUGAGUUCCCUCCUUCUCGCUUGUUGCCUAUUGGUGGGGAGAAAGGAGCAAAA